AAUGGUUAUUGUACAUUUUGAGAAAUUGUACCCUGAAUCGCAGACAAAAUGUCAUCCAUUUAAAAGGAUGAGUUUCAUUGACAUUUUAACAGAUAAUUAUCACGUUUCGACAUCAUCUCCAAUGAAAUUUUUGAAAUGCGAUUCGUAUUUCUUAUACGAAUGCUUUGAAGAAUUCUAUCCACUAUUCUACUGUGAGAAAUCGGUAGCAAUAGUUCCUUGCACUACUUUAGAAGGAAAUCAAAGUGUACUAGCCAGUCAUUUCUGUGAUAUCGCUAUCUCAUUUAUUUUAAACGUCUUAAAACCGUUAAAUGUCCAUGGAAUUCUCUUCGUAUGCAUAGGAAAGGAAGAUAAAACUUUAAUAAGCAGUUUCAAUAGUUAUCUAUUGAAAAAGAAGAAUGAUUUAGCAAAUUUGAUUGGUGAACAAAUGAAAGUAGAAGUUCUUGAAAAAUUGGACCAAGCUGGACAAAAUAGAGUGCAUCAUCUAGUUGCUCUCCACGAAAUAUUAUCAUUGUGCAUUGAGAAGAAAAGUAUUGAUAUAUUAUUCCUUCAAGAUGUUAACAGAUCGGCUAUAUAUAAAUCUGCUGACAAACUCCACAAAAUAAUUAUAUCAAAUUGCGAGUGGCUAAAGUACGGUAGUCCAGCUAUUAAUGAAUUUAAAAAAAGUAUUAGUAGUAUGAAGAAUGUACUAGCACAUCCUUCAGAAAUUGUUACAAACAUUCCUCCGAGUAUUAUGAGUUCUGCUGCCAAAAAUCUGACCCCUUACCUGGUGAACGAUGAUACGAGAAAGAAGCACAAAUCCCUUUUGGAAAGUUUAGAAGAAUCGUAUUCCGAAGAUAUAUUUUCGGAAAAGGCAACAAGUAGAUAUUCUAAUAUUGUACAAUCGUUGAUGCGUUUUCCCUAUUCGACUGCACUGGAAUUUCUACAUAUUACAGGAGAUAUAAUAAGUUAUAGAGAGGUUCUAAGAGAAACUAAAAGAUAUGUCACAAAGCCAUCAAAAUUGAUUAAUAAAAUGAAUGAGAUGGGAGAAAACCUGACAAAAGCUGAUGAAAUUUGUGACUAUUAUUUGCCUUUUCUAGAUAAAGGAACAUCGUAUUACGAUUCCGGCCAUCUUAUAGCAUCAGAAUUAAAAUGCUGUCCAGUUGAUCUCCAAGAAAUGGGAUUGGGACUAAGGAUAGUAAAGCAGACUUUCAUUUUACCUCAUUGCCUAAAUCGUUAUACGAAUAGAGAAUUACAAUCGCCUAACUCAGAUCAAGCCUCCAUUGCGUACAAGUUUGUGCAUGGAAUUGAUAACUCCCUCUCAUGGCGAAUUAUUCAAAUGUUCUUUCUAGUAUAUUAUCAUGCAAAGUCGUACUUUGUUGCGAAAUUAUAUUGCAAUUUAAUUAUUAUUCAAUGCGGAACUUCAGAGUUAUCCGUCCACGUAGAAAGAAAUAACUUUGUUAUUAGAUUGGAACAUGAGUUUAUUGACGUUGAGAAGCAAAGUAAUCUAUUUAAAAAGAGAAUGAUUUGGCUUUUUCACAAAACUGUAAAUCCAACUUCCUUCGAAGAGGUUCCAUUUUGCGAAGAUGUACCUGAAAAUAGAAAUGAAAGAAAAUUAUCUAAAUGCCGUACCAAUACUACUGAGUCACAAAAAAUGGAUCCUACUACUAUAGCAGUAAAAGAGAAAAAGAAGAAGACUAUAGAUGAUAAUACAAAUAUUCAUUAUUUAGAAUUGAGCAUAAAAGACACUGUAGUACCGAUUGUUUUAAGAUCUGAAUCAAGAAUUAUGAUAAAAAUGAAGGAAAUAGGAUAUUGUACAUCGGAAAAAACUGUUUCAAGAUUACUUAUUUAUGCUGAUGAAGUACUCAUUCAUAGAGAUAUCAUACCAGUAACUGAUUACAACGUGAAAAUUACUCCAAAAGAAGAUUAUCCGACUAUUAACUUGGAUUUUGCACCUACUAUCGAAUACGAUAAAGGAUCCUUACUUAAGGUUGGCAUGAAAUUUGAGGGCUGGGACGUAGAGACUCGUCAGACACGUGUCGCUUCUAUAGCGGCUAUUGACCCAUUCGAAAAUCAGAUUUUAGUUCACUUUGACAGAAUGCAUGAUUACAGUUUCUGGAUUGAUGCAUCGGAAUCGAUACAUAUCUAUCCCGUUGGUUGGACUGAAGAGAAUGAAGAUAAAAAAACAAAUUCUAAUAGACUACAACCUCCCCAAGAUUAUGACUCUUCAACAUUUAAUUGGACAGAUUACCUGGAGUAUCUUAAUAAAACUGCAAUACCAAAAGCUUGGUUUGAUAAGCUAACUAAUCAACUAACUAGAACAUAUUUUUCUACAGCACUCUUUACAAGCGCUUGUAAACUGAUAUUGGAGAAUACAAGAAAACUUAGUGGAAUAAUGAAAACUCCGACUGGAUCCCGUCAAUGGAUCCUAAAUACAAAUGUGCCUUUAACGAGAACAAAAUGCUUUCGAUUGAAAGAUAUAGAAGAGUCGAAGAUUAAUUUUGCGUACUUACUUUGCGAAGGAAGUAGACCAGCCGAUAUGCAUAUAUUUACUAACUUGGAAAGAGAAAUUAAAGAUAUAUCGGAAGAGAAUAUGCUCUUAUUUAAAAAGUUUACGAUAUGCCAAUUAGCAAGGAUAUUACAAAAUGUUAAAGAUCAAAGAAAAGCGAGAAAUUAUUCAAAAAUAGCAUCUUUAUAUUUUUAUUUUUGCUAUUUGGUUAAGACGCAUCAAUUAGACGACAUUGCCGAAUUUGGAAAGACUUCUAAAACAACUAAAAGUCUUUGUAAAUUUAUUGAUAAAUAUUUCGAACAGUCGGAAUAUUUUAAAGAUAGGAAUGGAAAAUCUUCUAUAGCAUGUUCAUAUCAUAAAAAGAGAUCGCAAGCUCGUGAUGAAGGUAGUUUUUGCGAACAAAUAGUUUCCUCGCUAAUUGAAGUGUUAGACACCAUAAACUCCAGCAACGUUAAAUUGUUUUUAAGCUGGCCCGAUAGAAUUAAUGGAAUAUCCAGUAUUGAUGUAGAUGGGAUAGAAGAUAUACCGAAACAUUUAGGAUAUAUAUAUAAAUGUAUGUUCUUGACGAAUUUAACAAUAGAAAAUUGUGGAAUUAAGGAAAUAGGAGACGAAAUUAUUCACCUUUCGAAUACAUUAGAGACAAUAUCACUUUCUGGGAAUCCUAUUGUGAAAAUGUCUGAUAAUUUUUACAAAUUACGCGGUCUUCAACGGAUAAAUGUGUCUAAUACGAAAAUAACGAAUCUUUCUAGGCAGUUUCUUGAAUUCAAUGCCUUACGAGAUCUUAACGUUUCUGAUAAUUAUUUGGACGAGUUUCCCAGCUUUCUAAGCAAACUGACAUCUUUAAUACACUUAAACGUAUCCGGUAAAGAGAUAUAUCCUUUUCGAGAGAAGCAGGCUUUAACGAAAAAGGAUUUUGAAAAUUAUUUAUUGAGCUUAAAUGAACAUUGCGUUAAUAUUCCCAAUGUUAGACGUGUCUUUGAAGAGAAGAUAAUAAAUAAAGAAUACAUAGAAGGAGAACAAAUUGAAGAACUUCACGCCCAAAUAUUUAAGGAAAUGCCUCAUAUUAGAAAAUUUCCAGAGAUUGACGACAACAGCUUUCAACGAUUAGAAACGCUAUUGUUAAUGAAUCAGAAUUUGUUAUCUAUAGAUCCGUCUAUUGUUAAGAUAAGUCGGCUAAAGCGUAUAGACCUUAGCAAUAAUCCAUGUUUGGAGGAAGUACCAGCUAUUAGCACUAACGAAUUAAGAUCAAUAUCAUUAAAAGGCUGCGGUUCUUUGAAAACUCCUCCAAAGGAAAUAGUAGCUAAGGGGCAUUUUGCUGUUUUAGGAUACCUUAAACGACUCUCUAAAGGUUCAGUAGUUUGUCGAAGAACUAAACUAAUGUUAGUGGGUCUAGGAGGAGCUGGAAAGACCAGUUUGAUGAAAUCACUUAUUUCCGAACAACCCACCAAAACACCUCCUGACGUUACUGACGGUAUUGAUAUCGUUAAUUGGGAUGUAGGAUCAGCCAUAUAUAUCCUAGCGUGGAAUGUUCGCCUGGGACACGAACACUCCGGUUUAAAGUUCUGGCUUAGUUCUAUUGAAUGCCAUGCUCCAAAGACACCGGUUUUAGUUGUUGGAACUCAUAUCGACGAAGUUGAAAAAUCAGAAUUACCGGAAAUCGAACUACAAAGACGUUAUACUCAGAUUAAAGGAUUUUAUUACGUAUCGUCGUUAACUAAUAUUGGAAUUGAUGAACUACGAAACGAUUUAAUUCAAAUAACAUUGAAACAAAAAUAUAUGGACGAAAAGAUACCAAAGAUAUGGUUAGACUUUGAGGAGAUCCUACUAAAAUACAGAAAUUCCAAUUGUAACGUGCUAGAAUUUUCAACGAUUGCUAAAGUAGCAGAAGAGAAAUGCCAUAUCAGCCGAAGUGAACUAGUACAAUGUAUUGAAUUUUUACACGAAUUGGGAGCAAUACAAUACUUCAAUAACGAAUUCCUAAAGAAUAGAAUUGUAGUUAAUCCCCAAUGGAUUGUUGAUGUAAUGGCUUGUGUUGUUUCUGUUAAAUUAAGCCCCAUUGUUGAUGGUAAAUUCUAUCAUAAAGAUAUACGGUCAAUUUGGAAAGAUGACCAAUUUCCAGAAGAUAUGCUCAGCUGGUUGUUAAAAUUAACUGAAGAAUUUGAUUUAACAUUUUGCCUUAAGCAGGAUAAAGCUAACCUGGUACCUUGUUUACUACCUGAAAGAGAACCGGAAUUUGAAUGGAAAAAUCUGAUUGAAUCGGACGAUGAAAUCGAAAUGAAAAUGAUAUAUAAGUUUGAUUAUCUACCAUCCGGUCUAUUUAAUAGAGCCCAAGUAAGACUACAUCAAUUCUGCGAUGAGUCGCUUAUAUGGAGAAAAGGAAUGUUAUUGAAUAAGAAUAUACAUAGAGCUUUAAUGAAACAAUUAAACGAUACUACUGUUCUCGUUCGAGCUCAAGGAUUAAAGCCCGACAAUGUUCUAUUUUUAGUUCAUGAAGUUUUUGAAACGUUAAUUGCAGAAUCAUUUAGCGGUGUGAGAUACGAUUAUAGCAUACCUUGUCCAGAGUGUCUUCGAUACUUUAGUGCCGAUCCUUCAAUGAUACCGGGUCAAAGGAUUCGAAAAGCAAUUGCUCUUAAAGUACCAUUUCUGCAAUGCGUUGAAAAUUUCCAUACUAUGUCGAUAACUCAACUAAGAUCUGCUCUACCUCCUGAAAAUUCGGAAGAUUUCGAUAUUCAACUGCAAAAAAGCGUUAAUGAAUUGCGUAAUAUCAAAUCAAACCUUUGUUUGAGUAUUAUCAUUAUGUACUCGGAAUCGGAUUUACCAAAAUCCGGCUUAGAAUAUACAGUAGUCGGUUUACCUAUGUUACAGAGAGACCUGAAAAAUAAAGGAUACGAUACUAAAACAAUUAAUGAUAUGGAUAAUCUGUCUAUGGAAGAGAUGAUUAGUACUAUAAAGGAGUCUCAGAGAACUCAGUUAAUUCUUACUAAUGAUGAUAAAGAAUGGAAAAGCGACUUCGAAGUCGGACCUCUUUGCGCCGAUGAUGUUUUUAUAUCGAUGAAUAGUAUUGAUAAAUAUCAGCUUAGAUUUCAAGAUUUAAUCGAUAAUAUUUCAAAACAUGAAACUUUGAGUCGUACUGAUUGGCCACCCUGUUUUAUUAGCUAUUGUUGGUCUAAUUCUUUAUCAGCAAUCGCUAAGGGAACAAAAUCCACCGACAAGAGUAAAGGACUAGUUGAUCCUAGAGACUUAAAAGAUGUUCUUGAAAAGAAUGAUAUUAAAUGUUGGAUGGACGUUGAGCAAGUUGGUCAAUCGGGUUUAUUUCAAGAUAUUGCAGAAGGUUUAAAACACGCUCGAGUGGUUGUUGUAUGCGUAUCCGACGAGUACGUUAACUCCCGAAACUGCCAAAUGGAAUUUCGUUUUGCCGCUAUUACAUUAAGACUACCAAUUAUUUUCGCUGUAGUAGGUACCGGUCAGGAUUGGGUUCGCUCAGAAAUUGGAAUGAUAUCGUUAAAUCAUUCAAGAGUUAAUCUACAAUCACCUAAUUAUGAUUUGAACGAUGUUGCUGAGCUAGUUAAACCACAUUUAGACAAUUUUGACGAUAUUAAGAAUAAAGAAAUUGCUCUAAAAGAGAAAAUUGAUCAAAGAGCUUACAAAGAGAUAUUAGAAUUGGCUCAAAGGAAAUUAUUGCGUCAAGUUAUUGGUUUAGCUAAUAAAAUCAACGUUGGCUAUUUACCUCAUUUACCAAUUUUAGAUUUUGAAUGCGAUCAAGAUUCUAAGAUAAAAAACUAUCAAUUUGUCUUUCUUUGUGAACACGAAGAAGGUUGGCAUAUUCCUAAUGAAAAAGCUUCGAAACAAUGGGACAUGAGUCCUGGUACAUCGGAUGAAAAUGAAAACUUAAAGCUAUGGUCUCCCUAUUUAGCUAGAAUCUUUGCCAUUCUAAAGUUCACAUCCAUUGAACUCUCGAUACUAAAAUUCAGUAUUGGUCAAGAAAUUGUUAACGGGUUAAUUGAAAAAUCAGUUCAAGCAGAAGAUAUUAGCGAUUCCAGUUUCGAAAAGGCCUACACGCAAAUUAUGAAUUCUCUAAACGAACUGGUAGACAUAUUCCUGAAUGAGGAUAGCUGUUUAGCUAGAUGCUAUACAGGCAGUGGAAAAAUACUUUGGCUUUGUAAAGAACAUCAGAAUCUUCCAAGAAUAACUAAAUUAGAACUAGAAGAAGGGGACAAAGGACGGGCGUUAAAUUCCGUAGAAUCCGAUAGAGAUCAGAGAUUUGCUGAUCGAGUUAAAAUGGCUAACAAAGUAGGUGCAGAGAAGAGCGUACAGUUGAGAGGAAAAUUUAUAGGUGCUCAAGUGGCCGCUGAUUCUGCUGUCAAGUUAAAUAAGAUGAAAGAAGCUGAUGUAGCUAAAAAUAUUGAAAAAUCAGAUUCAACAAUUGAUAUAGCUGAAACUGCUAAAACUGUUAUUGGACAAUCUAUAGCAAAAGAAAAACAAACCAGUAGAGCCUGCGUUAUCACUUGA